CGAAAAUUGAAGGAACUCCUCGACUAUUAAAUUAUUUACCUUUAGCACAUGUGUUUGGUUGUGGAGCGAUCGUUGCUGUAACUUAUUUAGGUGGAGAAAUUGGUUUUUGGCAAGGUAAAAUCGAUAAAUUGAUUGAUGAUUUUCAUGAUUUUCGACCAACACUUCUUACGAUGGUACCUCGUUUACUUAAUAAAUUAUAUGAUAAAGUUCGAUUAGAACUUCGUAGAAAAGGUAUACUUGGUCGUGUUUUAUUUCGAUUGAGUGUUCAAGGUAAAUUAGCACUUAUACGACGUGAAAAUUUGUCACAAAAUACAAUAUGGGAUAAACUUAUUUUUGACAAAAUUCGUCAAUCAUUUGGUGGUAAAAUAAAUCGUGUUGUUGUAACAGGUGCACCACUUUCACCUGAUGUUUGUCGAUUUUCACGUGCUGCAUUUUCAUGUCCAUUUAUUGAAUGUUACGGACAAACAGAAUGUGUAAUAAUUUUUUCACAAACAAUAAAUGAUACGAAAUCAGGUGAAAUAGGUAUUCCAGUAUCAAUGAGUUAUGUUAAAUUAGUUGAUGUACCUGAAAAAGAAUAUUAUGCUAAAGAUGGUAUUGGAGAAAUAUGUUUUCGAAGUCCAACUUUAUUUAAAGGUUAUUUGAAAGAUGAAGCUAAAACAUGUGAAGCAAUUGAUGAAGAAGGAUGGUUACAUACAGGUGAUAUUGGUCAAUGGACACUACAUAAGACAAUGAAAAUUGUUGAUCGAAAGAAAAAUAUGUAUAAGGUUUGUAUUAGUAUUUGUUUAUGGUAA